GGUAGUGCAUGUCGGGUGGGUCAGAUCGUCGGGUUAUAUGAUGUAGAGAUCGAAAUUGUUGCAAUUUCUGAUACACAUAUUCAUCUAAAUAGUUAAACGACACAAGAUAUUUGCGGCACGAUGAUGUCUGACCGAAAAGCAGAACUUGAGAGGAAGAAAGCCAAGCUUCAGGCUAUCAGGGAAGAGAAGGAGAGACGUAGAAGAGAGAAAGAACAGAAAGAUGUCGAGGAAGCUACGGUUCGUGCUGCAGGAGCAGACAAGGACCAUCGCAAGGAACUAGAUACAAUGCUUUCAUCUUUAGGUCUAGCACCAGUAUCAGAUGUAUUAUCUAGUUUAUCUAGUAUAAAUUCUUUGACACCAGAGCAAAGUGCAAAUGCUACUCCUGAUGCUAGUUUACAGCCAUCUAGUAUAAAUUCUGCUCAAAGUAGUGCUAGGAAGAGGAAUAGGGAACUAACAAUUGUUUCUGUGGCACAUACCAAUAUCCCACCGAAGGAACCAGUGGUAUAUACUAAACAGACGCAAACUAUCCAGACAUCUCAUACAUCUCACGACGGACUGUCCGCAUCUUCUUCUGCAUACACCAUCUACUCCUCCUGUUCAACAACAACACCAACUCACUCUUACUUCGCAGGCUACUUUGAGACUGACUGGUGGCGUCCCAGGAAAGGUGGGUCUGCACCAAACUACCUAUCUCAUGCAUUCGACUAUUACGACGAGUACAAUCUAAAUCCUGGUUUAGAAUGGGAGGACGAAUUCACAGUUUUGACAUUUGACGAUGGCCAAGCCGAAGAUGAAGAAAACAGCCUCCCACACAUGGACGGUUUCCAAAGCAAGCUUCCACCCGGAAUCCUUCCUCACGGUUUACCGCAAGUCAAGGAAGUGCAACCAGCAGUCACGCAAGUCGAACAGGAAAAGGAAAAAGAAAAACCUGUAGAAGUACGAGAACUCAGCGAAGAAGAGAAACAAAUGAUAAUACUUUCCGAGGACUUCCAACGAUUCCUCGAUCGUGCCAGUAGAAUUUUGGAAAGGGCACUAGGAGAAUCCGUUAACAUUUAUACCGAUUACACCGGUUCUAUGGACGGCGAGGACGGAAUGGAUGAGAAGAGUCAUCAACGUUUAUACGUGAACCGAUGGUUCUUCGAUGAACGAUGGUCUCGCAAUCGUUGCGUGACAUCGAUGGACUGGUCGCCUCAGUUCCCAGAGCUCCUCGUAGCCUCGUACAACAAUAACGACGACACUCCUAAUGAUCCGGACGGAGUAUGUUUGGUGUGGAAUACAAAAUUUAAGAAGACAACACCAGAAUUCAUUUUCCACUGUCAAUCUCCGGUCAUGUCGACCACGUUCGCGAGAUUUCAUCCGAAUUUAAUCUUGGGCGGUACUUAUUCAGGGCAGAUCGUGCUCUGGGACAAUCGAAUCCAAAAGAGGACUCCAAUCCAGCGUACUCCGUUAUCAGCAAGCGCGCACACACAUCCUGUGUACUGUCUAAACGUUGUCGGGGCACAAAACGCGCACAAUUUGAUAAGUAUAUCGACCGACGGGAAAUUGUGCUCCUGGAGUUUAGAGAUGUUGUCACAACCGCAGGAGACAUUAGAGCUGCACAUUAAACAGUCGAAACCGAUUGCCGCCACCUGCUUGGCAUUCCCUCACGGGGACGUUAAUAACUUUGUCGUCGGCAGCGAAGAAGGGAACGUUUACUCCGCUUGUCGUCAUGGUACGAAGACCGGAGUGCUGGAAACAUACGAAGGCCAUCAAGGCCCGGUCACUGGUAUUAGCACGCAUGCUGUACAGGGCGGAAUAGAUUUCUCGCACCUAUUUUUAACUUCGUCCAUCGAUUGGACAAUCAAGCUGUGGAGCCUUAAAGAGAGCAAACCAUUAUACUCUUUCGAGCACAACGGCGAUUACAUUUACGACGUCGCGUGGUCGCCGACCCAUCCGGCUCUCUUCGCUGCCGUCGACGAUUCAGGACGGCUCGAUCUAUGGAAUCUUAAUCAGGACACAGAAGUGCCUAUGGCUAGUGUAACGAUCAAGGGCAACCCGGCACUCAACAGAGUGUCUUGGACGCCGAGCGGUUUACACGUGACCGUCGGCGACGACACAGGCAAGAUAUGGGUGUACGAUGUUGCCGAGCACUUGGCGCAUCCGAGAAUUGACGAAUGGAACAAAUUCUUGUACACCCAACAAGAGCUAAAGCACAACAAAGCAGACGAAGAAAUGCAUAAGCUUAAUCUGAGGCAGCCUACUUCCCUGACUUCUAUACCUCCGAUGUUAGCUCAGAUAAAGGUAUAACAUAUUAUUUAAAAAUUAUUACUAAAGUCGGCUUGAAUACCUUAAUGUUUCAAAUCAAAUGAAUCUAAGAUGUCUAUAAUUAU